UUUUAUUACUCUGGAAGAAGCGCAUGCAUUGAUAUCCAGUGGUCACUGACGGAGCCAUGGUGGGUCGUCGACCGACGUACAAACGCCACGAAGCCACGGGCUGGGUCUUCCCGCGGGAUGGUUUUGAUUGGUCAGAUUUCGAAGCGGCCUGUCGCUAUCGGCCCCGCGCCGAUGACAUACUUGUUAUGACGUACCCGAAGUCAGGCACCACGUGGGUCCAGUACAUGCUAUACCUGCUCGUACACGACAUGGCGCCUGUGCCGGUGGGGCGUCGCCUAGACAGCUUCGCGCCGUUCCUGGAGAAAGGAGGCCUCGGCCUCCUCGACUCCCUGGCGAAGUCGCCGAGACCCAUUAAGACGCACCUGUCGUUCGACGUGAUGCCCUGGCACGCGGAGCCCCGCUACGUCUGCGUGCUGCGAAACCCCAAGGACGUGUGCGUCUCCUUGUACCACCAUGUGCGCGGCUUCGAAAGGUACUACCACUUCGAAGACGGCAGCUUUGACGAUUUCUUCGAGGCUUUUGUGGAAGGCGAAGUCGACUCGGCCGAUUACCACGAUCACCUGCUUUCUCUCUGGAGCCAUCGAGACAAUAACAACGUCCUGUUGCUGAAGUACGAAGACUUGAGUGAACAACCGCUGCAAGAAGUGCGUAAGCUCGUAGACCACGUGAGACCGUGCUUCCCCGCUGGCUGGAUGGAGCCCGACUUGGGAUCCCUCGUGGCUGCAGCGAGCUUCGACGUCAUGAAGGCCCAGCCUCCGGAACAGUGGACUAGCGCCAGACCAGAUCAUGUGCCGCCAUUCAUUCGCCGCGGUCGCGUGGGCGACUGGCGCAAUCAUCUGACGAAGGAGCAGAGUGAGCGGCUGGAGGAAAAGUUUGCCCGGAAGACGGCUGGUUCGGGAGCCGAAUUCCUCUGGCCGGCGGAGGUGACGGUUGCCAACGGUGACUGAUACGUGCACCAGACUUCUGCAGAGAGAAGUAGGCCCGUCAAUCAUUUUACCCUAUUCGAUUGAAAAAGGGUCUGUGAAAGAGCAAUUGCCAAUUUAACAGGGACGUGAGGACAGCAACCAGUGCACAGUUGCUAGUUUUAAUGCCCUCUGAUUCAAGAAGCUUCGUAAGGUCACAAAACCCCCCUACCGCCCAAUCAAGCCCAAAUAAUCUUUAUUUAUUAAUAAUUUGUGUGAUUUCCACGCGUCUUAUUCGCCUAUUUAAUGUUAAAAGUUUCGUUUCUUUCGUAUUGGAUCGCAACACUUAUAAUAUACGGUUCAUACCUGCCAAUCUGCGAGAUUUAAAAUUCAGAAAAAUGCCGCGAACAGAAAGGGAGAGUAUGGCAUACAUUCUUAAGAACGUUGCCCUGGGAACACACUUUUUCUCCUAUACUUUUUUUGUUUUCACAGAAAUAAUUUAACAGGGUAGCAUUCGAGAAGAACUUCAAGCCGUCAGAGUUAGAACCUCGCAAGACAAAGGCGUUAGCCCUACGUCUGAUCAACGAGCUGAAUUUGGAUAUACUGGAGAAGGAGAUCCGUGAAUCCAAAAAA